AUGAUAAACUCAGGAAGGAGCAGAAAUUCAGUACUGCUGGCACGCAGAUUCCUUUCAACGGGAGGAUUUUGGCGAGGCGGUACGAACGGUACAAUGUCUCGCACAAUUAACAACGUAAAUCCUUUCAAAUUAAGAUUCAUACCGAAGACAGCGCCCGCAGCUGCAGAUGCCGUUUCCCCAGAUAGUCAACGGUCAAGCAACAAGCCCUUCAAAUUCAUAGUUUCCAAUCAGAGCGCGACUAAUAAGGCCUCUAAAAGCCCGAAGUGGUCGAGUUACGCAUUCCCCUCGCGUGAGACCGUCAGGUCUCAUGAGGAAGCCAUUAAGAAGCAGAAACAAGCCAUAGACGAGCAAAUGGCCGCUGCAGUAGCCAAGAAUGACUGCGCUUGCACGGAGCCUCCUAAGAAAAGAAAGAGGAAAUUAAGACCAAGAAAGGCGCUCAUCACUCUGAGUCCGAAGGCAAUCAAGCAUUUAAGAGCGCUUUUGGCUCAGCCGGAACCUAAAUUGAUUAGAGUUAGCGCUAGAAACCGUGGAUGUUCCGGUUUAACUUACGAUUUGCAAUAUAUCACCCAGCCGGGAAAAUUCGAUGAGGUCGUAGAACAAGAUGGCGUCAAAAUCGUCAUUGACUCAAAGGCCUUGUUUAGCAUAAUUGGAAGUGAAAUGGAUUGGGUCGACGAUAAAUUGGCCUCUAAAUUCGUUUUCAAGAAUCCAAACUCCAAGGGUACAUGCGGUUGUGGCGAGAGUUUCAUGGUUUAA